UCGGUUUUAGGAUUUGCAUAUUAUUAAAUAUGGCGGACGGAAUUCUAGAGUAAAAAUGUUUGGAAGAGUUUUUUUGUCGUUAAAUAUGGUUUCUAUACGAUGCUAAAUCAUGCCUCUGAUUCAAUUCAAGCACAUUGUAUCAUUUACAAGUGAGGAUCCGGCCCAGCCUGCCAGUAACUUGCUGAAGUCCGAGACAUACAGAAAAUGGAGAACGGCAGAGUCAGGGGAGAAACAGGCCGUUGUUAUCAUAGAGCUUCAAAAGGCUACAAAAAUUAAUACAAUUGAUAUCGGGAACAAUGGCUCAGCAUUUGUAGAAGUGCUUGUUGGUAGGGGAUCAUGGGAAGGCAAUGAGCAAUACAAGGUUCUACUUGUGACCUCAUCAUUUAUGAGCCCAGCAGAAAGCAAGUCAUUCACAAACAUAAACAGGGUUAGAAUGUUUGGUAGUGACAAACUCUCUAAGCCUGUUGCUGAUGAGAAGUGGGACAGAGUCAAACUUGUUUGCACUCAGCCAUUCAACAAGAAUGAGCAGUAUGGGCUAUCUUUUGUCUCAUUGCAUUCUCCACCUGAGGAAGUCACUCAUGAAGGGAAUCCUGAGUUAAACACAUCUAUUACAUCUACACCCAAACGACUCGGUGGUUUCACUCUGAAAGAUGAACAACAAGACACCAUCCUUCCAGGAAGCAUGUUUUUAAAGAAAAAGACUACACCCCCUCCUAUGUCCAUGGCUGCAGAGGUCCGAUCGGCCUCUAUUGCUGACAUAAAGAGGGAAACCAAUACAGACAAAGGCAACACAGGAAAUAGUGGGUGGGGCACACUCGGGAGUGCCUUUAAGCCUUCCCAGUCCAAGGCAAAGGAAGUCAGAGAUAAAGAUGAGGCACAAUCCAGUGACGAUAUCAAACCAGUACCUGUCAAACAUGUAAAGUCUUUCGCUUCAGUAAAAAAAUCUGCUGAGGUUCCAGUCAAGAGAAAACAUGAAGAUUCAUCUAAAAGAGAUAGAAGUGAUCCAUCUAAGCAGACACUACCAGCAAGUAGGGAGUCACCACCGCAAAAGAAAAGAAAACCAGAAUCCACCAAGCCAAAGGAAGAGAUUCCCUUCAAUAGAAUUCUGAAAGGCGUAGUUUUUGUGCUUAGUGGGUUUAAGAACCCUGAGCGAGGGGAUUUAAGGGACAAGGCCUUGCAGCUUGGUGCACAGUACAAGCCUGACUGGAUGUCUGGCUGCACUCAUCUCAUUUGUGCUUUUCCAAAUACGCCAAAGUAUAACCAAGUAAAAGGUAAAGGCAAGAUCGUUAGUAAGAAGUGGAUCACUGACUGUCACAGGAAAGCACAAAAGCUACCAACCAAAAACUAUCAUCUCCCCGGAGACACUGAUUCCUCUUCGGCAGAAUCGAGUGAUGAAGAAGAGGUCUUACCAGAAAAACCUGCUCGCCAAGCUGAAUCAUCACACGGUGGCGCUACCAAGAUGUCAACUUCGGCGUCCUCGGUAGCAGCAGCAUCGCGGAAUUCAAGGGCCGAUAGAGAGCAUCAGAGCACAAGGGUGGAAGAGGAGAAGGAGGAGAUGAAUGACGCGCUUGGGGCGGGCGAGGAGACGCCCAAGAAGGAGGAGGAGGAGGACGACGAGAAAAGCCCGCCAGGAAUUGCUAGCGACGAGGACACAGAAGAUGAGCUGGAGAGGGCUCAACAAAAGGCAAGUCGCAAUGCUGUCGACGACAACGUCGAUGAUGUUAUCUUCGAUGCGUCCACAGAUAAUGAACAGGAAAAUAAUGAUGGUUCGGACGCCCCCGAAUCGGACACGCCGGACGAGCUACCGGAACUUCCGGACUUCUUCUCUCACAAGCACUUCCUGUUGUACGGGGAGUUUGACAACAUGGAGAGACGCUCUCUCGUACGCUACAUUACUGCUUAUAACGGAACUUUGGAUGACUACAUGAAUGACAACAUCGAUUUUGUGAUAACAAACGAAACCUGGGACCAGAACUUUGAAGAUGCGUUGUCCGAAAACGCGUCACUAGCGUUUGUUCGACCAAAGUGGAUCUUUGCCUGCGACGCGAAAUGUGCCCUCGUGCCAUUCCAGCCUUAUAUUAUCGUGCCUGGAUAAUAUGUAGAUCUUGAGACGUUCGCUGGCAAAGAACUGCUGGACAAUGCUAAUGAUUCCUAAAACGAAGUCCAAGGUCGUUCUCUGGAACGUGUGCGUGGGUGACUUCUAAAUGGAAAGCUGUCAAACAGAAUGACUCUUGAAUACUUGCUCCUUGUUCAGGGUAACUAUGGCUAAAUGAUCAACUGGGGCCUGGAGAAUCUCACAUGAAACAUUAUCUCUCGGUCGUCUUGUUAUCCGCUUACAAAUAUAUGGAUAGAAUCAUGAAGUUUUAAUCCAAAUUAUGACACACACGAAACUUUAAUUACUAUGCACCAAGUUUGCGCUUAGAUUUGAAGUUUCUUGUGUGUGUACUUUAAAAAAGUAGCAUUAUAUACAUUUCUUAAGGGAAGCCCCGCUUUGGGUGAGUUAGGAAACAAUAAACAUUCCACGUAUA